AUGGCGUCAAGACGGAAUACUGAACGUACCAAUGAUAUCCAUUUCGUCAAUGCCAGGCCCUCCUCCGAGAUAGAGAAGUUGAAAGCCCAGCGUCAGGUCCGCGCCCACGUGGGGAGAUGGAUCUCCGAUCAGACAAAGGAUCGCGAACCCCGUCAGACCCGAGGCUACUCCGUCGUCGCGCGCUCAAGGACCAUCGUGCGUCCCUUGCCUGACCGUGUGGUGCCAUUCCCGCCCUCGCACGCCAGCGAUAGUAGCGACAGCAGCAGCGAAGAUGGAACCGUGUACGACGAAGCCCGCCGUAUCGAUCGAUGGCACAAUCUGCCCGCACUGGAACGCCUGGAGCGCAAUAUCUCCGGCAUGUUGGACCCCUUUGAUACCUACCCCACCUCGAGAGCCUUCGAUCCGGAAACCAUCGAUAUGUCGGAACGGUAUAUCACAGGUGUGGUUUGGCCCGGCCUCACACCCCGCCCUGGGCACGUCAAGACGCCCGGCAAGUCGUGGUUUGAGUUGUCCAUGGCCAAUACUGAGUUGUUUACCGCGUUCAUGUUCGGCUCCCUGUGUCACCUUCGCGUGCAAUGGCAGAAUAAUUGGAUCCCGGGCACCACCUUUGGCGCGAAGCAGCAGCGCGCGCUGCAGCUGAUUGAAAUGGAGUCGAUCAAGCUGAUCAAUAAGGCGGUGCGGAAUCCAAAUCCCAAAAAGGCAGUCAGCGAUGCUGUCUUGUUGAGCGUGAUUUGUAUGGCCCAUCACCAGGCCGAGGAAAAGUUGGUACAGCAGCACCGGAGAACACCGUUCAAUCCACCCUUCCCGCGAUUACAAUGGAUCGAUGUCUAUGGGUGUCUACCACCGAACAUGAUCCAUAUUAAAGGAUUAGUGCAGCUGGUCAAGCUGCGAGGCGGUCUGUCAUGCAUCCCAACCGAGGGUCUCGCCGCAACAGUCUCAUUCUCAGACAUCCUCACUUGCAGCGUGCUCUGUAUCCAUCCAGCGUUCGAGUUUUGGCCCCUGACCGAAACCCGCAUGGGCAUGUCCAUUCAGGAAAUGCUUGGCUUCAGUCCAGCGGAUAUCGCUCAUGGCUUCGGCCGCCUCCAGGCCAUCGGUGCAACUAGCGAAAUGGCCGAGGCCUUUCAGGCAGCUCAUACAUACGUCACUAUUAUAAAAACAAAUCCAACUUCCGUCCGUGACGUAUCCCUCCUAGCCGACCAGCGCAACCUCACUCAACAUACUCUGCUCAGCCUCGCCCCGGCAUCCAACCUCCAUGCCUUUUUCUCACUCACUCACUCAGCAACUUAUGAAGCCUGUCGUCUUGCAGCUCUAAUCUUCGGCGUCGGCGUCCUCUUCCCCAUCCCUGCUCAAAAUACUCCCCUCCACCGCCUCGCCCGUCUAAUACAGGCCGUCCUCCAUCAACCCUCUGCUUCGGAGCUGUGGUCUUCACCUGCCACUCGUCUUCCAUUAUUGUGGAUCUUAACACUUGGUGGUAUCGCUGCUAGCGACACGCCUGAGCGUGUCUGGUACACCUCCGCUCUUCGCAAUGUCAUGUCCAAAACAAAUAUUCAGACAUGGCCAAACUUGAAGGCUGUUCUCGAGUCAAUGCUUUGGUACGAUGCUGCAUGCGAUGCUGCCGCCGAGACUCUUUGGCUUGAGUCCCAGUCGAUUCUGGGUCUCAUUGAGUAA